CUUCGCCCUUUCCACAUCUUUCUUUCCUCACAUCCUUCUUUCUUCACACCUUGCCAUUACCCUUGUCUCUAUCUCCUCCACCCGCUUCCCCUUUACAGCCUGGCCCCGUCCUAAGCUCGCCCUCCUUCCCUUCCUCUCUUCUCAACGCACUCGUCGGCGGCCGUCCUCGCUCUUCUCGCCACCGCCCUCUGCUCGCUCAGUUGCCCGACCAACCUGUCCGGACUCCCUUCCACCAUUCCACGCCUCCUCGUUCGCCCGCGUUUCCGCUUCCCCAUCAUGCCCUCGGACACCCUCCCACCAUCACCGGAACUCUUCUCGCGAUGGGGUGCCUUCCAGACUUGGUGGGGCAGGACCAACAAGGAACAGGCCCAGAUUGCAGAGGCUCGUCUGCUCUCCCGUCUCCAGUUCUUCUCCUUCAAGGGCGUCGCUUCCACUAGUGCCGACAACAGCUUAACCAUCGCCCGUGUUGGGCCCGUCCCACUCUCUGGCAAAAAUCGUCAAAUCAACACCCUGGUCAUCCAUCAAAACUCUAGUCCGUCCUCAGUCGACACCUCGGAUGCUGCUGUCGAGAGCAAAGACAAAGAAACUGAUGACCAGGGUCGAACACCCAUUGCCCAGACUCGUCUCGACAUGAAGACUGCGACAGAUGAAGAGUCCAUGGUCUCACCUCCUGCACCGGAUGAGCGGGCCAUUGUUGUUUGCCACGGAUACGGCGCCGGCCUUGGCUUCUUCUUCCGCAAUUACCUCAGUCUGAGCCAGAUCCCAAACUCGAAGAUAUAUGCCAUCGACUGGCUUGGCAUGGGUGGCAGCUCUAGGCCCGAUUUCAAGUUCAAGCACACGCCCAAGACGUCGAUCAAGGAGGUCGUCAAGGAUUCUGAAGACUUUUUCAUCGAGGGAUUAGAGGAGUGGCGCCAGAUCCAGCAGAUUGAAAAAAUGGUGCUUAUCGGCCACUCACUUGGCGGGUAUCUCUCGGCGGCCUAUGCACUUAAAUAUCCAGACCGGGUUGAGAAACUCAUUCUUGUUAGUCCUGUGGGUAUUCCGGAGAAUCCAGAGGCCCAAAGGACACCUCUCCCUGAACCACCAUCGCAAAACGAUGCAACCUCCGCUAACAGCGUUCAGCCAAAAUUACAGUCAGCACCUCAGAUAAAACUACAGCCACAGCCACCCCUUCCUCAACAAGACGCGACUGCUCCACCGACACGCUCAAGCUGGGUGCGCAGGUUGGCCAUGGGCGCUUGGGAGCGCAACAUCACCCCACAGUCGAUUAUGCGAUUCACAGGACCAUUUGGCCCUUCUCUUGUGGCCGCUUAUACUUCACGUCGGUUUGCAUAUCUUGAGGAAGACGAGCAACGGGACCUGAACAAUUACAUCUACCACAUCUCCUCCAAGAGUGGUAGCGGCGAAUAUGCACUGGCGACAAUCCUCGCCCCUGGUGCAUAUGCACGCUGGCCCCUCAUGGAUCGACUCAGAGAUCUUAAGAUGCCUACAGUCUUUUUAUAUGGUGAGAGCGAUUGGAUGGACUAUAGAGCGGCCGAGAAAGCAAGGCAAUCCAUGACUGUGCCGACCGUACUGAUGAGGAUUCCGAACGCUGGCCAUCAUCUCUAUCUUGACAACCCACCUGCCUUUGACAAGGCCAUAUUGCAGACAAUCACCCGGCCCUGGGAUCGUCCCAAUGGAGAUCGAACUGUCUAAAUUAGAAGUACAAUCGCUGUAUACAGCACAUACAUAGAUAAAAAAGCACGCGCUCGCUUUUACCCAACGA